GCAUUAUAACUGGCUGAGAGCAUCGCCCAUCCCAGCAGCAUAAUUUCGUCUGGGCUAAAUAUUUAUAUAGAGGGGAACGACCUUCAUUUACAACACAUUCAUUCACGUGAGAGAACUCUGCGAACUUCUCCAUUGCCAAGUUAACAUUAUUUGAAAACGUUUGGAAAAGAACAAACAGACAUUUUGAAAGUUUUGACCAAAGUUUUAUUUGACAAUUAUUAUAAUAUUUUAUUAUCACCAUGGGCUUUUUGAUUGCUCUUUUCGGUGUGACAGUUGCUUUGAGUCAAAUGUUCGGAAGAUAUACUGUAAAUGCGGGGAUGUGUUGGCUGCAGCAGAGCCAAGAGCAGCGCUGUGACAUGGUGCUGAUGCGUGGGGUCAGCAGGGAGGAAUGCUGCUCCGGGGGCCGUCUGGACACGGCCUGGUCCAACACUAGUCUGCCUAUCAAUGAGGUCAGCCUACUGGGCUUCCUGGGAAUCGUGUCCUGCAAACCCUGCAAAGAGACCUGUGAUGGUGUGAACUGCGGCCCAGGGAAGGUGUGUACGUUGAAGGCUGGACGUCCUCAGUGUGCGUGCUCUCCCGACUGCACUAACAUCUCCAAAAAGCAUGCUGUGUGUGGCAGCGAUGGGAACUCCUAUCGUGACGAGUGUGUCCUCCUGAUGGCCCGCUGUAAGGGACACCCUGAUCUGGAGGUCAUGUACCAGGGAGAAUGCAAAAAGUCUUGCUCCAAUGUGGUGUGCCCAGGUACCCACACCUGUGUGACAGAUCAGACUAACAGUGCCCACUGUGUCAUGUGCCGCACAACCCCCUGCCCAAUACCGCUGAAGUCCGAGAUGCCUAUCUGUGGCAACGACAACAUCACCUACCCCAGCUCCUGCCACCUCCGUAGAGCCACCUGCUUCCUGGGGCGCUCCAUUGGAGUGCGUCACUAUGGCAACUGCACUAGUAAAUCCCCUUCACCGUUCCUGAUCUGUCAACACAUAGCCUAAGUGUUCCAAGAAACACCCUGGCUUUGGAGGGCAGUGAGGAGAAUUCACUCUAAAGGGACAGUUCUUGUGUGGUCCAACUGGUACUUCAGUCCACCUGGCACUAGACUUAGCUUAGUCCACCCGGUACGAAGAUUUCCAAGAGAUCACCUUCGAUAGGUGAACCAACAUUGUCCCGAUGUUCACUCACCAAGUUCUGAUUUAUGUUGACUACUUUUUUUACAAUCACUUAUCCCCUCCAUCCCUACCCCCUGUACAUAGAACAAUGAUACAUUUGAUAUGAGGGAACCCGUUGGAAGUAGCAGUUUGUUCUUCCAAAAGGAAACCAAUACUGUAUUUGAUGAUGCAUGCAAUGUAUGUUAAAUAGGAUGAUUUGCUCAUGAAACUGUGGAGAAAUAUGUAGGGGGCUUUAAGUAUUGGAAAAUAUGUGUAUAUUGUAAGUAAAUACUGCUACUAUUUAUUGAAAAAGGUAUCAAAUCUGUUCUAUUUAUGUUUUGACCCUGUAUACAAAUCCAUAUAUCAAUAGGUCAGCUGUAUUUAUUGUAUUUUGUUUUAAGGUACAUUCUUUUAUUUUGGCAAGUUAUUUUUAUUUUUUGUGUAUUUUUCAUAUUCCUAAAUAAAGUGCUUUGUCCCCUUAAAAGCAGCAUGACAAAAAAAACUCAAUUUGUUUGGAUACUGGAUAUCACAUUUAGAGGAUGACAAUAUAUUUUGUUUCAAUUCACUCCAAGCAAAACAGGGUAACUGCUGUUUGUUUGGAGGUGAUGAGAGACUUAGCCAAAACAAAAGUGCACAGUAUGUCUCCUCUAACUCUGCUUGCACAGAGUAUGAAACUGUUUAUGCUGGAGCCCAAUAAAAUGUAUAAGCCUCCCACUGAUCACUCAAAUGAACAGUUUAGUUCAGUGUGCAGCCAUUUUAUUAGACUGUUGGUUCAACCCCAAGCCUUUACAAUACCUCCACUGUUGAAGUCUUGGCUUUGUUUAUUUUGUAUGUUUGUGGGUAGUAUGAGACCAAUAUAAUGCCAUUCAGGUUGUUGAAUACACUGUAUUAUAGUGUAACUGCAAAAUCUGACAAAUGUUGUUAGCCUUAUCAAAUUGAAAACAUGAUAAUGCCAAAUUACAUUAAUUUACUCAAAGUUAACUCACAGCCGAAUGUAUCUGUUCAACGUUUAAGUACUAGUGGCUAUUUGAACCAAAUGGGCAGAUAGCUAUUUGCAAAUAGCUAUUGGUUAUUGUGAUAUGAAUGAAUAGUGCUGCCCACCCAUUUAUUCUAGAUGAUAUAAUAGAUUUUUAAUUAAAACUAAAACUGUUUUUGAACAAUUUACACUAGUUUCUUGUAAAUAGAACUCAAUUUCAUGUACCUGUGUUCCUACUGUGAAAUUUGAAUGACAAAUGUAUCUACUUAUUUUUGUAUUUUUGUACUGCCAUUUUAUCUCAACAUAAACUAUAGUAUUUGUCA